CGUUUCUUUCCACUGCGCAUUUUUCACCCUAUUUUCCAAAGCAGAGAGAGACGAUAUAUCACCGCGAAAAUGGUGCAUGCCAAAUCCAAGAAGACCGCCGGGCUGGGCAACGCCCUGAUGAACGAUCGCUUUGGCAAGGGUCGUGGCGCAGACAGGAAGAAGAGUACCAUCACCAGAGUGAACCACGCUACAGGAGAAGAGUACCUCACGAACGAGCGACAAGAAGCAUCAUGGGUCAAAAUGAGAUCAGUUACCGAGCAAGGCGCUCUCGACGAGUUCCUCGCGACCGCAGAGCUGGCGGGCACGGACUUUACGGCAGAGAAAAUGAACAACGUUAAGAUCAUCCACACCGACCAGAAGAACCCGUAUCUGCUUUCUGGAGCAGAGGAAAGGGCCAUCAUUGGCAAGCAGAAGGCCCACAGAGGACGCUUGACAGUGCCGAGAAGACCAAAGUGGGAUGCGUCCACCACCCCGGAGGAGCUGGACAGACGGGAGAGAGAAAGUUUCCUUGACUGGAGACGAGGCCUUGCCGAACUUCAGGAGAACAACGAUCUACUCAUGACGCCGUUCGAGCGUAACCUUGAGGUGUGGAGGCAGCUCUGGCGUGUCAUUGAACGAUCAGACUUGAUUGUUCAGAUCGUCGAUGCUAGGAACCCCUUGCUCUUCAGAUCCGAGGAUUUGGAGCACUACGUCAAAGACAUUGACUCCAAGAAGGAGAACCUGCUGCUGAUUAAUAAGGCCGACAUGCUCACGCUGAGGCAGCGUAAGAUGUGGGCAAAGUACCUGAAGGAGAACGGCAUUGCGUACAGAUUCUUCUCUGCACAUCUUGCGAAGGAACUGCUUGAGGCCAUGGAGAGCGACGACGAGUCAGAGGAGGAAGAACCUGAGGCUGGCAGCAGCUCCAAGGCUGCCACGAAGGAUGCCGCAUCUGCCGAGGAGAGCUCAGAGGAGGAUGAAGAUGAGGAAGAGAAGGAUGACAAAGAGGACGGCGGCGCAGAGACCGCUCAGCCUGAGAUCUCGCAGCCGGAGGCUGAGGCCGACGUUGAUGAUGAAGAUACGAGAAUUCUUACGGUGGAGGAGCUGGAGGAUAUCUUCCUCAGCCAUGCUCCCGAGAACGCAGAGCCUGGCCACAAGCUGCAGAUUGGUCUUGUCGGAUACCCUAACGUCGGAAAGUCUUCCACCAUCAACGCCUUGAUCGGUGCCAAGAAGGUGUCAGUUUCGUCAACACCAGGAAAGACCAAGCACUUCCAGACAAUUCACCUCAGUGACAACGUUGUCCUGUGCGAUUGCCCUGGUUUGGUCUACCCUAACUUCGCAAACACCAAAGCCGACCUGGUCUGCAACGGUGUGUUGCCUAUUGAUCAACUGCGAGAGUUCCAAGGACCGGCUGGCUUGGUCACCAGGAGGAUACCCAAGUCCUUCUUGGAAGCCGUCUACGGAAUCAAGAUCAAGACCCGCGCUAUCGAAGAGGGAGGCACAGGCACUCCUACGGCUCCCGAGUUGCUCCGCGCAUAUGCCAGAGCUAGAGGUUUCCAGACCCAAGGACUGGGCCAGCCUGACGAGUCAAGAGCUUCUCGUUACAUCCUCAAAGAUUACGUUGCCGGAAAGCUCCUGUACUGUGAGCCGCCACCAGGAACAGUUGAGGGCCCAGAGUUUAAUGCAGAGCUCUAUGACGAGACGCAUCUCCCCGAGAAGCGCCGUCGAGCCCUCAGCACGUCUAUGGACACCAUGUCCAUUGUAGACGACGAUAUUUCGAUAGCUCCCUCGGACCUGGCAGCUCUGCCGGCUGGGCCCAAGUCCAAGCAGAUCGACAAGGGCUUCUUUGGCCCCAACAGCAGUGGCGGUCACACCAAGAUGCCCUUCAGCCACAAGUACACGGAGCAGGGUCAGAAGCACUUGAGUGGAAGAAAGGCAAGGGCAAUGAUUGCUCUGGAGAGCGGAGUCGACCCCAAAGACGUGAAGCUGUCGUCCGGAAAGAAGCACUUUAAGGGAGGUGCGAAGACCAGGAAGGGUAAGAAGAAGGCCGAUGAAGACGAUGAUUAG